GCCAGCAUUGUGUGGGAGAGGCUGGGAGGGAAGGAGCUAUUAAAGGGGGAGGUAGGACAGGCUGAUGUCACAGCCCUGAAUACUGCACUGGGAGUCAGACUUACUGCAUCAGCUGCAUCAUGUCUGUCAGGGAGGUCCAGGCUGCAGAGAGGAUCUCCACCUCGGCUUAUUCCUCACCGGCCAGAAGUUUGGGUGACCCAGGAAUUACCCCCCUCUCUCCGUCACACAUAGCAGCGAAGGACUCGGACUCCGGUACGGCUGACGAGCAGACCUUUCCUGUCGUAGUAGCCAUUGACUUUGGCACCACGUCUAGUGGCUACGCCUACAGCUUCUCCAAGGAGCCAGAAUGCAUCCACAUAAUGAGGCGAUGGGAAGGAGGAGACCCUGGGGUGUCCAACCAGAAGACCCCAACCACCAUUCUACUAAUGCCAGACAGAAAGUUUCAUAGUUUCGGAUUUGCUGCCAGAGAUUUCUACCAUGAUUUGGACCCCAGUGAAUCCAAGCAUUGGCUGUACUUUGAGAAAUUUAAGAUGAAGUUGCAUAGCAGCACAGACCUCACUAUGGAAACAGAUCUCAUAGCUGCAAAUGGCAAAAAAGUGAAAGCUUUAGAGAUAUUCGCUCACGCUCUCCAAUACUUUAAGGAACAAGCCCUAAAGGAACUAAGCGACCAGGCUGGAUCAGAAAUGGACAAUGAUGAAGUAAGAUGGGUAAUCACUGUUCCGGCCAUCUGGAAGCAGCCAGCCAAGCAGUUCAUGAGGCAAGCCGCAUACAAGGCAGGCAUGGUAAGUCCUGAAAACCCUGAGCAGCUGAUCAUUGCUCUCGAGCCUGAAGGAGCUUCUAUAUACUGCAGGAAGCUCCGUCUUCAUCAGAUGAUUGACCUGAGUACCAAAGCGGCAAUCAAUGGCUUCAGCCCGACCGACCCAGCCAAAGACCAUGUACGCCGUAAUCGUCAGAGUCGGACCUUCCUGGUUGAAAAUGUCAUUGGAGAGCUGUGGUCAGAACUCGAGCAAGGGGAUCGUUAUGUUGUUGUUGACUGUGGUGGAGGCACGGUGGAUCUAACCGUCCACCAGAUAAGCUUACCUGAAGGACACCUCAAAGAACUCUACAAGGCAUCAGGUGGACCUUAUGGGUCUCUUGGGGUUGACUACGAAUUUGAGAAGCUGCUUUGCAAGAUAUUUGGAGAUGAUUUUGUUGACCAGUUCAAAGUGAAGCGUCCUGCUGCUUGGGUGGAUCUGAUGAUAGCUUUUGAGUCUAGAAAAAGAGCUGCAGCCCCAGACAGAACCAAUCCGCUAAACAUUACCUUGCCUUUCUCGUUUAUCGAUUACUACAAGAAGUUCCGAGGUCACAGCGUAGAGCAUGCUUUGCGCAAAAGCAAUGUAGACUUUGUGAAGUGGUCCUCCCAAGGAAUGCUAAGGAUGAAUCCAGACGCCAUGAAUGCUCUUUUCAAGCCCACCGUAGACCACAUCAUUGAACAUCUAACAAAUCUCUUUCAGAAGCCAGAGGUGUCUGGCGUUAAGUUUCUAUUCCUGGUGGGUGGAUUUGCAGAGUCCCCAUUGCUUCAACAGGCUGUUCAACAAGCAUUUGGAGACCAGUGUCGUGUCAUAAUUCCCCACGAUGUAGGAUUAACUAUCCUAAAAGGUGCUGUCUUGUUUGGUCUUGAUCCUGGCGUGAUCAAGGUACGACGCUCUCCAAUGACCUACGGGGUUGGUGUAUUAAAUCGGUAUGUGGAAGGCAAGCACCCACCAGAAAAGCUUCUACUGAAGGAUGGAACCCGGUGGUGCACUGAUGUCCUAGAUAAAUUUAUCUUAGCUGAUCAGUCAGUGGCUCUUGGUGAAACAGUGAAACGGAGUUACACUCCUGCUAAACCUUCACAGCUAAUGAUCAUCAUCAACAUCUACAGCUCAGAACGCGAUGAUGUCAAUUUUCUUACCGAUCCUGGAGUUAAAAAAUGUGGCACACUCAGACUGGAUCUGACAGGUAGUGAAGGCUCACCAAUUCUGAACCGCCGAGAGAUACAGACCAUUAUGCAGUUUGGAGAUACUGAGAUCAAAGUCAUGGCAGUCGACAUUGCCACAUCUAAAAGUGUAAAAGUCUGCAUUGAUUUCUUGAAUUAGAAUUUCUUUCAAAUUACACAUUGAUGUCCACUCUUACAACGUCCAAUGUGCGUUCUCCAAGAGCCACUAAGCCAAGCUCCCGGUAGUUUGGAACCUAGUCCUAUUUAGAGAACUUUAAUCUGUACGUUGCAAUUAUAUUUUAGGGUAAAAAAAAGGGAAAGUUAAAUCAAAAUUACAAAAUGUAAAUUGAAAAUUAAUUUUACUAUUGCUAAAAUAUUUUAUUUCUUCUCCCAAACAAUGACUUGUGUCAACCCAACGUAUUAUACAGAGCAUCCAAGCUCAUCACUGAUACCUAGAGUAAUCGUGUUGGCCCUUACUUUAUGUCACCUCCUUAUUUCCAUACAGAGCGAGGGGGCACAGUUAGAGAAGCACUGCCAGUUUCAUCCUUUUCUCCUAAGUAUAAGGUUGAAAUCCUUUUUCUUCAUUUGAAUCCCCUUAAAAGCAAAAUCUGAGCCUGUUAGAAGUUUUACUGAACUUGGGUUUUGGUGAUAUAAUUGUUUAAGGCUUGAAUGUUUCUCUUUUUAGGAAACAAGAACAUUGAGAGUACAGUUCUGGUAUACUUUGGCCUCGGUUUGACCGCCAUUGUAAUGCCAUACGAAGUUAAUGCAUUUAAAAAUCAGCAAAAAAUAUCUGAUUGUUGUUGGCUGUAAAUUUGCAGCUUAUGCAGUGGUACAUUUUUCUGCCAAAUAUGGUCCUCCAUUUUCAAUGGAAAUAUGGUGCAUAUCCUAUAAAUUCCUGCCUACGACUUGCCGGUAGUUUUAUUCAUAAAAAGGUAAUUGGCUAAUAAAAGCCGCAGCAGGUUCACACAUGGUUUUUCAUGGUUGAAGCUAUUAGCAGGUUCACACAUGGUUUUUCAUGUUUGAAGCUAUUAGCAGGUUCACACAUGGUUUUUCAUGGUUGAAGCUAUUAGCAGGUUCAUACAUGGUUUUUCAUGGUUGAAGCUAUUAGCAGGUUCACACAUGGUUUUUCAUGGUUGAAGCUAUUAGCAGGUUCAUACAUGGUUUUUCAUGGUUGAAGCUAUUAGCAGGUUCACACAUGGUUUUUCAUGGUUGAAGCUAUUAGCAGGUUCAUACAUGGUUUUUCAUGGUUGAAGCUAUUAGCAGGUUCACACAUGGUUUUUCAUGGUUGAAGCUAUUAGCAGGUUCACACAUGGUUUUUCAUGGUUGAAGCUAUUAGCAGGUUCAUACAUGGUUUUUCAUGGUUGAAGCUAUUAGCAGGUUCAUACAUGGUUUUUCAUGGUUGAAGCUAUUAGCAGGUUCAUACAUGGUUUUUCGUGGUUGAAGCUAUUAGCAGGUUCAUACAGGGUUUUU